GAAGAGGGUCCCAGAACGGGGGCUGAGGGUUUGAACGGAUCGGUAGAGAGUGCAAAAGAGCAGACGAGAAGCCAAUUGGAAGAAUGGACUCGAUAAAUGUGGACAUCACGCACUUGAAGAAGGGAGAGGUCUCGAUGGGAACGUCGAUCAUGGCGGUGACCUUCCAGGACGGAGUUAUCUUGGGCGCCGACUCGAGAACGACGACGGGGACGUACAUCGCCAACCGGGUGACAGACAAAUUGACGCAGAUCCAGGGCAAGAUAUGGUGCUGCCGGUCUGGGUCGGCUGCGGACACGCAGGCGGUGGCGGACAUCGUGAAGUACCACCUCGAUCUCUACAAGGCGACGAACGGGAGAGAGCCGACGCCCCACCUAGCGGCGUCGAUCUUCCAGGAGAUCUGCUACUCAAACAAGGACGGGCUCAGUGCGGGGAUCAUCUGCGCCGGGUACGACGAGAAGAAGGGUGGCGAGGUGUACAACAUCCCGAUCGGCGGCUCGCUCCACAAGCAGGACUACAUCAUCGCCGGGUCCGGGUCGGCGUUCAUCUACGGGUACUGCAAGAAGAACUACCGCAAGGAGAUGAGCCGGGACGAGACCGUUGCGUUCAUCAAGAGCUCGCUCUCGCAGGCGAUCCGGUGGGACGGCUCGUCUGGUGGUGUCAUCCGGAUGAUCGUGCUCACGAAGGAGGGCGUCGAGAGACUCAUUUUCUACCCGGACGAGUACGUCGACGCGUGAGCAGCUGCGCCGCCCGGGCGUGCCCGUGCAACCUGCCUCCGCUAUAAUUACAGCAUUAAUGUAUCGAUCGUUAACACAGCUUUGUAGAGAUAAACCGAAGAACCGGCGUGGAACACCGAAACGACGACAUGAAACCGCGGCCUCGG